AUGAAUGAUCAGCUGAUUAGGAAUGGCAGAGAAAUGAUCAUGAAAUUGGCCCUUAUCACAAGGGUCCCUCCUCUUCCCUCGCCUUUGACGAAAUUGGCGGGAAACUUUCUGUUUUUGUCGCGAAGAUGGUGCAACAGUCGAUUUUGUCAUUCUUCUGCACCAAAGGCCAAGAAACCAGCUGCAGAAGCCGACAAAAAAUCCAAAGAUGAUAAAAAGAAAGAAUCGUCAGAGGUGGAAGACUCACCAGUCAAACGCACACCUCGACGCAAGACAGCUGUAAUUGAAAGUGACAGUGAGGAUGAAGAUGUCCCAUCUACAAGUAGCCCAUCCAGCAAGUCAGAUGAAGAGAAAGAGAACAAAUCAAAGGAAACCCCAAAGAAAACCAGUGAAAAUUGUGAUGAAGAUGAUAGUGACGAGAAAGCUGAGAAAGACUCCUCUUCAAAAGCCAAGAAGACGCCAAAGGAGAAGAAGGACAACAGAAAGGCCAAGGGAAAGAAAAGCACCCCUGCCAAAGAGAACAAGACCCCAGUGAAAGAGGAGAAAGAAGACGCAGAGAAAAUGGAGGUAGAAAAUGACGAAAAGGAGACGUCUGAAGCAUCCAGCUUCAAAACCCCAAAGAAAUCAGACAAACCAAAAACAAGAGCCUCGCCUGGAUUUACUCCUGAUACAGUUCCCCUCUUCGUAAAACUGCAAGGAAACAGAUGAAGCGAAAAAGUGAUAGUAUGGAAGAAAAGCAGAAAGAGAUAGUCAAGAAAAUCAAGGUAGAAGAAAAAGAAAAGGAAGAGGCAGAGGCUAUGCAGGAGGAAGAGGAAGAUGAGGAGUCUGAGAAGGA